AUGUUAUCGUUCGUUUGCAUCAGAAGUUAUGUUAUGGUAUUGAAGAGUUGAAGUCGGAACUAAGGCUAUACUGCAUCGUAUUCUGUAUUUUGUCAAACAUUAUAGCUCAUCCUUAACUUUACUUAUAGAUGAGUCUCUUUUUACUUCUGAGUGAAUUUGCUUCGACAUAUUAUUUGGAAAAUAGAUUUAUAGUUUUAUUUGUCGUAAAAUAUUACGUCAUUUUCUGCUUUUCAUUUGGCUUGGAAGGAAGCACAUUUUAUAACCCAAGAUGGCUAAAAUUAACAAAAACGAGUUGUAGCAUGGGAUUGUGAAGACUUUUUGUAAAAUUCAUUUUCCAUUGCCGCGAAACUUAGCAUUAAAAGAUAUUUAUUCAAACGACUUCUAUUUUGUAUUUAACAUAGUUUUAACCUUUUUCAGGUAUCGAUAUUACUUGCCUCCGACUCGCUGCGUAGAUCAUCUCACAGUUUUCCACAUAGCUCAGUCAAUCUUAUCAGAAUAUCUCCCCGACGUAUCUUACGCAAGCGACUUCGCGGGGGGAAUGAACUUGAACCACUGCACCAUAUGUUUCAGGAGUUGUCGAUGCAUGUCGAUCAUUUUUAUGAUGUCAAUAUUUUGGUUGAUUUUCUUUUUUGUUUGAGAUAACUUCAAAUCAUUUGAGAUUAAUUUACUUAUAUUAUACUGUAAAUCAGUGAUCAAGGUAGGCGAUAUCGACCCCAGGCUGUAAUAUAGAUAAAACAGGAGGCGAAAUCUCAAACGGAGCGAUAAGGGGGAUUGCUCAAUGACGAAAAAUCCGAAAUAUUGCAAAACUUGUUUAUUUACAUCGUUUAUUUGCCAAAGGAGAAUUUUUCUAGUGACUUGUGCUUCCGCCGGAACCGGCAUGACGGCAGAGCUCGACGUGUGCUGGUUCUGCUUCCCACAUAUCCUAGCACCAUGUUCUAAUUUUAGGCAGGGACCUCAGCUAGUAAUGGCGUUUGCUAAUCAUGUUUCUCAUAAGCGCAAUAAUACACUAUCAUUCAGUAGCGAUGUCAGGGGGUUGGUUUUAAGAGUCUACUUUUUUAAAUUUUACGGGAGGACCGAAAAAGUGGCUUAUAAAACGCGUGGGAUUUGGACGACUCAAAUUUCGUUAAAAUCGCCGAUCGUUUAUGUCUGCAUGACAUUGGUAUUAACGCCGUGAACAUCGAUAUAUUAUGUUGGUAAAUCACAUUUCAUCGCAUUCUCCCUAUCUCACACAAGUAUUCCUCUGGACAUGUGCCACGAGUACGUGGAUACAUUUUUUUCUCGUCCGGAUCUGUGCAUCUAGUGUGAAAACUUGCUAUAAUGCGAUCAUUUGUGACGAGACGAUAAUUAUAACCAAUAGAUCGAUUCGCAAUUCAAAUUUUAGACUAAAAAUAGGGGAUUGCAUAAUAAGACUAAAAAUCGGCUUUGCAAUAUAUCUAAAUUGUAACGAAAAAGAACAUGAAUUUUGUUUUAAGAGCGUCGCAACAGACUAAAAACCUCAUGGCGUUGCAAAUCGACCAAAUUUUGUGUGCAAUGGCUAACAUAAUGCUCGGUCAGUAGUUUUAAUCGCGCUACAAUAAAUUGCACUCUUUGGGAUUUUAUCCUAACAAUAAUCUUAAGUGGCAGUCAGUGUUUUGAGAAUAGCUCAAAUUAUUGCCAAGACGAAUUGACAAGAUUGAAACAAAAACGAAUUAAAUCUAUUUAUAAUCCGGCAAUUUGCCAGGUAUUUUUCAGUACAAAGAUUGUCGUGGUAUUUCAGAGUAUAAUAAUGCUUUUAUUUGCCGUAAGCCGAAGCAUUCCCUCUAACAUAAUUAAUUUAUGGCAGGACAUCUUUAAUUGCACGUAUAACACCCAUGGAUUGAAUAUUUGGCGCAACCGAAAAAUCAUUAUCUCUUGAAAUAGAUGGCUACUUUAACAAUUGUGACAAAAACGGCUAUCUUUAAAACUGGCGUAAUCUCGGCGACUGUUUUAAAAGCCAAUACACGGGAAUUUCCGUUUCCGAUUCUAAAUAAAAUUUACUGAAGAUAUCGUUUGGCGCAAGUGAUCUGGAAUUUUUGACGAAAUAAAACUGUUGAUUCUUCCAUUUUUAAUAUCUUAUUUGCUAAAAAAAAGGUCAUCAAAUCGAAGAAAUCGCCUUUAUUUCAGCAAACGGGAUGGUUUGAGAUUGUAUGUGGCCAAAAUUCUUCAAAUUUUAAAAAUUCGUUGAAACCCAUCCAUCAAUCUCAUUAAAAACAUCAUGAACCAUGAUUAAGCAAAUGAAGAUAUCGGUCAAAAGGACGAAGUCGAAAAUGCGAAAUCAAGAACAAAUCAUACGCGAAUCAAAAGGAAAAAAAUUUGAUUUAUGACGCACAAUACAUUAUUAAAUAUUGCUCGUUGAUAUUAAGUACGUAUGUGUCAUAUGAAAACAAAUUAUCAUUAGCUGAAACGUGAUAUGUUUGAAAGCAAUGAUACGGAAUAAGGGAGAAGAAGAUGCUUUGUUUCAUAGUGAAUCCCACUUAAAAAACAUGUCAAGCACGUAACAAAUGACCGUCCGAGAGGACACUAAAGGUUGGAUUGUUUCGUAACUGGUAGCAGAAUAUGUAGUAUGUAAUCACAAUUCAGAUUUAGCGACAGACUAGAGUAAUCCUAUGUGUUGAAACUAAUAUGUUACAUUAUCUAAUGAUAUCGUUACAAAUUAAAUUGAAUGCAUUUUUUAAUGUGAAAUAGGUUUAAAACAGAAAAAUGGGUUUAAAACAGUAGUCCGAAGUUUUCUAGACAAUUACAAGUUUAGUGAAUUAUGUCUGAUGUCUAAUCAUGUCUAUUAUAAGUGUUACAAUUGCACUCUGAAAACUUGGCACUAAAGAGAGGAAACAUGUGUUCAGGCCGACCAAAAUUACAUUUUUUACAAAAAUGGGGUGGGGAAUGUGGAAUUGCAUUUAUUGACGGUAAUAUGUGGGAAAUUCAUCGAAAAAUAGCAACAAAGUCUAUAAACAGGUUUUUGGGAGACCGUGCAAUAUCAACAAUAAGGAACGAAUGCGAACGGUUAGUGCAAUAUAUAGAUGAUUUACAAGACAAUCCAGUGGACUGUGAGAUUUUACUUAUGAAAGCGAUAGCAAAUAUUACAUGCGACCUUGUGAUGAGAAAACGGUUUGGAUAUGAUGAUUCUGAAUUCAGCGAUUUAAUACAACGAACAAUUUUAAAUCAGUCUUCGCGUUUACUUGGAGGAAUAAUAUUUUUUCCAAUGCUUCAAUAUGCACCAUUUUUUCGAAGUUCUUAUGUCAAAUUUUUUUCCACCAUUGACCUCAUAAAGAAUAUGUUCAAGAAAGUAAUCAGACAAAGAACAGAAGAGCAGCAAAACGAAAUUCAUCCAAAAUGUUUCGUUGACUACUUUCUGAGAGAUAUGCCGGGAGUUAAUACAGCAGAAAAGGAAAAUCGGCUUGUUCAAUGUUGCUUUGAAUUGUUUGGAGCAGGAACAGAAACGACAGCAACUACAUUAACAUGGUGUAUUCUCGGUCUUGUUCAUUUUCCACUUUAUCAAGAAAGAAUACUAGGAGAAAUACUUGAUGUAACAGGUCACAAUGAACUUCCAACAAUUCACCAAAUCCAAGAGAUGCAUUUUACAAGAGCAUUUAUUCAGGAGAUAAUGAGAUAUCAUCCCGCCGCACCCAUUACACUGCGCAGAACAAUGUCCAGCUUCAAUCUAAACAAGCAAAAUGUAAAUGAAAAUUCCAAUGUACUUGUAAAUAUAUGGGCGGUUCAUCACGACAAAGAUCAUUUCCAAAAUCCAGGAAUAUUUCGUCCAGAAAGAUUUCUUGAUUCCAGCAGCCAUUUUAUUGUUGAUCAUCACGUGAUGCCAUUUUCUGUCGGAUCACGAGCGUGUCCAGGAUUUCAGUUAGCAAAGAUUGAAAUCGCAUUGGUUUUGAUCAGUCUAUUGCAGAGUUUCCAAAUAACUUCUUCUACAAAAAAAUCACUGACACCAUUUGAAGAAAGAACAUUUGGACUUGUAUGCUGCCCAAAACCUUUUGAAGUAUUGUUUAAAAGAAGAUUAUGACACAUAAAAUUUUAUCAGAAAAAGUAAAAAUUUCCAUUUACCAGAAUAUGGUGCCAACGUACUAAUUACUCAUCAAUACAUGUAUACUUCUCACCUUACACCUUCUCAAGGAUAUUAUUAGUAAAUCCUCUUUUCAUUUUCAAUUUUCAAGAAUAAAAAGGUCUUUUUCAAAAUUAUUAUUCAAUUGUUUUACAUAUAUUAUCUGGGUAUCAGGGAUUUGGUGUUUUACUUGAACUUUCAUUGAGUUUUUAACAGUACGCUACCACGUUGUUCAUCGCGUUCAUACAUUUGUGCAUUGCUCUCUUAUUGAUGAACACAUUGUGUAGUAUUGUGUAUUGUAAUCAAAUCCUUUUUCCUUUUUGUAUAUUCAUAAUAAAAUAUUAAUA